AUGGUAGAAAGCCUGGACCCUUUCCUCUUGAUCCCUCUUGUUGUUGUGGCCUUGAGUAUCUGUCUCUUCCUCCAUCCGGCAGACACUGCCCAAGCAGACACCCCCUAUGGCAUCCCUCUAGGCAUGCCCUCAACCAGCCGAUCCCGUCCGCGCAUCCCUCUAUUCCGAAGUCUCAGUAGCAGCACCGCCAAAGAAAAGGAACGCGACAGCGACGACAGACGAGGACAAGACUCCCCCAAGCCGACUCAAAGUCCUCUCGGUGGCCUGGGUUUUAGUCUGCCUACUCUCUCCACCCUGGCAAAUCUCAACCUUCACCGUCGUGGUCGUAGCAAAUCCACCACCAAGAGAUCCAGUCUCGACUCGCGCUGGAAGUCGGGCGAUCCUGAUCUCGAUCGUGAUUCAGAACGUGACCGUCGAGUCGGACAUGUCAACCAUCAACAUGUGCCAGGAGCGGAGAUAGAGACCGGAGCAGAGCAUCAUCAUGACCCUCUGCCCAAUUCAAACUUGAAGCCUCCCUCCUCACCAUCGACGUCGCCUAUUCUACCUGAAUCCAACACCCACGUUCCGACCACCAGUGGUAGUGGCACUAGUAAUACUGCCGCUGCUAGUCCUUCCACCCUUUCUUCUGCACAAGCCACACCUUUACCGACACCGACACCUACCACACCUACACCUCCAACUACCACUCCAGCUUUUCCCACACCCUCCGAAUCUGCCUCAACUCCCGCCUCCUCCGCCUGCGCCGACUCCAAUAUUUCUUCCACCACUGCCAUUCGCCACUCGACCCAACUCUCAACCACCACCACCGACACCAUCGCUUCAUCAACACCUCCCCCUCCACCUCCUCCACUCCUCGUCGUCCAACGUCCCUCCACUCCCAACGUCCCCGUCAUCUCUCAGCCGGGUCCCGACAGUCAUGAAAGUCUUCCAGCAAUGUUCAGAAAGAUAUGGGUGAAACGACCCGGUGCCUCGCCCACGAGAGUUGAAGUCCCCGAAGACGACCUCAUCGACAGUGUUCGAGAUGUCAUCCUUCGCAAAUAUGCCAAUUCCCUCGGUCGCAGCAUCGAUUCUCCCGACAUCACCCUCAAGAUCGUCAGUCGCGAGCCCGCCAAUAAAAACAUCACCACCGAGCGCACUCUCGGUCCCGAAGAGCCCAUAGGAAAAACCCUCGAUGCAUAUUACCCGGGUGGGCAAACCGUCGAGGAAGCUCUUCUCAUCGAUGUUCCUUCCCGUCGCACUCCGCGUGCUUCCCCUCGAGCUGGAAAUCAUCAAAUUUCCUACUAUUAUCCCGAUCAAUACCGCCCGCCCGACGAUGCCCGUGAAUACUUCCCUCCCAUGCCGGUCCAUUCACCCCAUCUGGCCCACGUACAGCAUCAAGCUACUCUUCCUCAUGCCAUGUCUGUCUUGACCACGGGCCAGUUACCGCCCUUACCGAGUCCCGGUUCACAUGGUUCGCGGAGACAUGGGAAUCGACCAGUGUACAGAAGGCAGCAUACGAGUAGUCCGACCAUCAUGCACACCGUUCAGCCCAAUGGGCAGGUCAUAGAAACAAAAUCCCAACUCGCUGGACCCGCCCCUUCCGCACCACCUCUGCCCACCCCGCCUGCUCAACCAAACGACCAUCCCUCCACGCUCACUCCUCCCAAUCGAGUCGGUUCUCCACAUCCAGGCCAGAAGCCGAAGAAGAAGAAGAACGCCAAUGUCGCCCGUUCCGCCAAUGGUGAUCCCACCUUGUCUUCCAAGCCGAACCCCGCCAUGUUGCUGGACAACUCGGUCCCACCCAUCAACGUCUUGCUCGUCGAAGACAACGUCAUCAAUCUGAAGUUGUUGGAAGCCUUCAUGAAGAGACUGAAAGUCCGAUGGAAGUCUGCCAUGAACGGCAAGGAAGCCGUCACCAUGUGGCGGACCGGCGGGUUCCAUUUGGUCCUGAUGGACAUUCAAUUGCCCGUCAUGAACGGAUUGGAAGCGACCAAGGAGAUCCGUCGGCUCGAAGCCGUCAACGGCAUCGGUGUCUUUGGUGGAAGUCCCAUUGAGGACGGUCUGAAAAUCGCCCCCAAAACCAACGGUCCCGUCAGCGAGGCCGAUGCGUUGCCAGAUCGAAAUCUGUUCAAAAGCCCCGUCAUCAUCGUCGCCUUGACCGCCAGCAGUUUACAGAGUGAUCGACAUGAAGCGUUGGCGGCGGGGUGUAACGACUUCUUGACAAAGCCCGUCAACUUCGUCUGGAUGGAACGCAAAGUCACCGAAUGGGGCUGCAUGCAAGCGCUGAUCGACUACGACGGCUGGCGGAAGUGGAAACAGUAUGCGCAGGAAAAGGCCAAAGAAGACCCGGCCAAGAAAGCCGCCGAAGAGAAGGAAGAAAAGGCAAAGGCCAAAGCGGCACUCAAGGCCUUCAUGGCGCGACCUCCUCCCGCUGUGAAGAAAGACUCGACGGGUUCAGGCGCAGGUUCCAACAGCACAUCGUCCGCGACCAUCGAACGCUCCGCCACACCGACUCAGAAUGGGUCCGUCAAGAAGAGCGGCGGUUCCGGUGUGGAGGGCUCUGAUAAGAAGCCGCGCAGCCACAAGAGCUCGCGGAGCACCGCCAGCAUCAGCACGGCCGCGGGUAAUCUCGAGUCGAUGGCUGAGGAGGACGAGAAGGCUUCUUGA